AUGCAUGGAGGCCUGACAUAGGUUAGGAGGCAGGCUGUGUGGGUAACCAAGGCGGUUAGUAACGGCGUCUAUUUAUAGCGACCUGAUGCUCCCCAUUCCCCGUUGCUUCACCUACCGCCUUAGGUUGACUCGCCGCUGCUGACGCCCUUCUGGACGAAGUGACGAGCAGCCGAACGUAGGAACAGAAGAGACCAGACCUUGAGAGAAACGAGUCUAUGGCGAUUCGCUGGCCCUCCACUCGAAUAGUACAGUAAAGCGUCAGCAGGAGCGCCAGAAGCAUUACAGUAGGAGCGAGCAGGUUUGUUUGUUUUUUUUGUUUUUGUUUUUUUUUGUUGGCUUUAAGGAAGGAGCGAGCAGCGGCGAUGCUUUAUUCGACCGUCCCCUCGGAAUACGCCUCAUCACACCUGCCCCUGCCAGCUGUGCGCCGUGCGGAUCUGUGCCAGUAGAUAAGGGGCUUGGCACAUUUGCGAGGUGAAGAAGGCGCCGCGACAGGGGAGAGAGAGAGCGAGCAGUGGCCACUUGCUCCGUCCACAUGAGUUAAACUGCGGAUCCGAUCAUCAGAAGCAUGUUGUACCGAACUGUACCGUACCGUACCGGAGCGAGACGAGAUCACGAGUCGAGACGAGGGACACCGACCGUAACGAGCUAUAGUCUUGUUCGGAGAGUGAGAAACGAUGGUUGGGGAUGGGGAGGCUGGGAAUGAGGGCAUCGGCGACUGGAUAAGAUGGCGCGACACGAGUGGCAGUGCCACGUCAGACCGCCGAUCUGAAUGGCCAGGAAGCUCUUUUACAGCCCAGUCCGAAACGCACGAUGCGACUGUCGGAUACAUGUCAUAUGCGCGCCAUGGUUCAGUCGCCAGUGGACCAAAAGGAGGCCAAGUGUGUGGGUGACCGCGCAGGUUCGCAGUGUGUGGCGGAGAGGAGCGGACAGGACACUGGCGACUUUCAGAUGCGGGUGUGUCUGCCCAAAGAAGGGCCUUUCCUCGUGUCAAGGUUGACUCGUCGCCACUGGCGACGGAAAACCUCACUUACGGUACUUACUGCCUCGGGACCCUCGAGGCAGCGGCAGCUCGAGGUCUAGUAGGCUUGUCACGGACACCGUGGGCGAGGGGUUUCUCCUUCUGGGGGGCCGUAUCUUACCAGGAUCGUAGAAUCACGCGUCAAAAGUCUAGUUUAGUCACUAUACGUAGAGCAUCACGGGCUGUAGUAAUACAGUAGAAUCACGGGCUGACGACGACCGAAGAUCGACGCCCUGAUGACUGCCCUCCCAAGUCGUCGAUCACCAGGGCCUGAAGAUCGACGGCCUGUCGGGUCUGGUGACUGCUCUCCCCUCUCCACUCUACUCCACCACACUGCCGCGAAAUUUACUCUCUCCGUCGUUCCACUCUCCUGAUUGGCCACACGUGCUGUCGAGAUUCGGCUUUCCCGAGGAAGCACAAUUCUUGUUCGCAGCUGCACAGGCGGUUCACGUUAUGUUGCGUGGCUAGUACGUAGAGACUACUAGUACGCAGAAUAGUUCUACUUGUACGCAGAGACUUUGAGUCUCGGUUACUCAGAGGCUGUUACGCACCGCCUAACUUCUGCCUGUGCGAAGAACUUUCGAAGUCAGGUCACCUGGAGCGAAAUCCGACCGUAAGAGCCGCACUGCUUGCCUUGGUUUCGUUCACCAUCCGUUCCUCUUCCUACCCUACUGCAAUAACCCACUCUCUUCAGUAGCAGGCGUUUUUGCUGAGCUCCAAAGGCCAGAGACUUUUACCCGCCAGGGGCCCGGGACGACCACAACGCACCCCCGACCAUCUCGCCAAUUUCUCGCAAGGUCGAAUUUUGCAAAAUCGCCAUCAUACCCGCCAGAUCUGCGAAAUUUCGCGAAAUGGGGCAGCCGGGAGGCUGCGACAAGCCGUCUCACCACAAUGACGUCACUCCUAGCAGCAUUCAGCAACUUCAAGCUGUCGCGUCAUGGUCCUCGACUGACGGGGCAGCCGGGGGUGCUCCGCAGGGGGUUGCUGCGCAGGGGGGUGCUGGACAGCAGGCUGCUGCAACCCAACUUGAACGCACCGCAUUCCUCUCUAGUAAGUGGCCCUCACGUUCCCCUCAAUCGCCUCCUCCCUCUCACCACAAUGCCUGGAGCCAUGGCGACGACCAUCAUGAUAUGAUCUCGGAAUCGUUCACCACUAGUAGCUCUGGGGCGGCAAAAACCUCCUGCUGGUGCAUUUUCCCGCCAAAAACAACUGCUAGCUGGCGAACGGUUCAAGCAAGAGAUGGCGGCACAAAUCGCAGAACGUGCGGAUGCUCGGACGCUGCUCGUGCGUGUGAUCCCGAGUGGGUGGAAGACGCGCGGUCGCGCAUCCGCCAUGCCGCUCUUGAGCUGGUUGAAGCGCAGCAGCGCUUUCAGGAGCACGACAGGCGGCUGAGUAACAUGGCGGUGCAUGGAAUGCCGCUCCGAAGGCCUUCCCAGCCUGACGAGACUGGAGGCGCUGCUGAUUUGUCGGUGCCUAGCCGUGACAGUAGUGUUUGUUCAUGGAGCAGACCUAGCAGCAGAACUUGCAGCAGAGCAAGCAGCAGAGCGAGUAGCAGAGCAAGCAGCAGGGCAAGCAGCUGGAAUACCAUCAGCGACUGGCCAGAUGUCCCAGCGAUAGAGUUCUACAAUGCAGAGAGGAGCAACAGCAUGUUUCUGAGAAACGAAGGGGCGCAUGAACAAUACACUAAUGAUGAUGCUAGUGUGAGGUGGGGGAGAAGGAUGGUUGCUAAGAGCGCUCGGUGGCUGUCCAAAACGGUUGCUCGCAGCUUCACCAUCCCAAAACCUACUAUGAGGGUUCCAAGGAGGCACACAAGAUGAAGUUGACCAAUAUGCUCGCACUCUUUGUGUAAAAAGUUCUAUCUAGGUAUGUGUGAUAUAUGUAUGCUCUUGGGAAAUAUUGAGCAUGGUUGAACUGCAUUUAGGGGGUUUUGGCUAGGAGAAUAUGCGUAGUAACUUGACUUGAGACACGAUUUUUGUAACAC